AUGAAACUAGUACUAGUAAAUAAGGAGCGGCGCCGGCAACUACGCCAAGAGCAGUCAACUCUGCUGCGAGGAAAGAAGCAUAAUUGCAAUGAGCAAGAAGCAAAACAACCAAGCGCAAGAUACACAAAGCCCGGCGCACGUUAUUGA